GCUUAUUGUAGUCACAAAGUCUCUUCACCAUUGAUUUUUUAUGUGUCUUGGGAUUGUUUAUACUGAUCGUGAACUAAUCAGCAUGGCAAAAUGUCUGAUAUAUCUUAUGUGUUUCCUUAUACUGGUAUACAUGGCCCUUGGAAAUGGCGAACUGCAGGACAUUGGCACUAACACCACCGCCCUGCCGACAACCGCCGAGUGGAGCGGACUAUCAACCAUCUCCCUCGGUGCCACGCCCCAUGAACUGGUCACCACCACAACACGGACCAUCGAGAUCGGAUCGGCAGCACCACUUCCGGUCAACGGCACUAACAACUUCACGGAACCAUCCCCGGUCACCAAUCCCCAGCAGAAAGUGCCCAGCGAUAUUCAGUCCGUCCUGACACCAAAAAAUCCCGAACUGCGCCGCUUUCAGCGUGCGGCAGCAUGGCGCCGCGGAGGACGCCGGACUAAACGGCAAUUUGGUUUCCCGGGUUUUAGCGGGGGAUUUGAAGGCGGGUUGGGAGGAUUUGGAGGAGGACUGGGAGGUCUUGGAGGAGGUUUUGGAGGGGGAUUCGGCGGUGGCUUGGGCGGGCUUGGAGGUUUCGGUGGUGGAUUAGGUGGGGGAUUCGGUGGAUUAAGUGGUGGGUUUGGUGGAUUGGGUGGCGGCGGGGGCGUGGUGGAUACAGUGGAUGCGACGGACGCUAUUGGUGGAUUUGGGGGUUUCGGUGGCGGAUUAGGCGGGGGAUUCGGUGGAUUAGGUGGCGGCGGGGGCGUGGUGGAUACGAUGGAUGUCACGGAUGCCAUUGGUGGGUUUGGUGGGAUGGGCGGAGGCUUCGGGGGCUUCGGGGGUAGCGGCGCCGUGGAUUCCCUGUCGUCAACGGAUAUGGCGGGAGGUUUUGGUGAUUUUGGUGGCGGAUUCGGUGGCGGUGGUUUCGGGGGUUUUGGUGAUUAUUAAUUGCAAAAUAUGUAUAGAAGUAUUAUGUUUUAUAUAUUCUGUAGUAUUCGCUUUAUGUACACUUCUGUUUAAGCUGUAAAUAUUGUUGAUAGAUAUACUGUACAUUUCCAUGUAUUGUAUUGGCAUUUCCACAAUUCCAUGUACUGAAAAUUGCACAUGUUGUUUUAAUUUUAAAGGCGUCGUAUUAUUGUUAACACUGCCACAGAUUUGUGAUGAAAACUUAAUGGAGGUUAAAAGUAAAAUCGGAAUUUAGUAA